CGCAGGUCGUGCGGGUAGACAAUGUAACUCAGAUGCCACGCCUGCCUCCAGCUCUGAUCCGCCGAGCUGCCCAUGAGAAUCCAUUCCUGCCGCUCCUACUUCGAGUUUGUCGCGAUCUUCCUUCGGCUCGAAACGAGCUUCGCUGGCUCGAAGACUAUGCUCGAGAAACGGUCGCCGCGCGAAAACGCAGACUUUACCAUGGCCAAUACCCUGAUGUCAAGUGUGCGAGUGGUGACCCGGGGGAGCAAGAUUUGCCAGGUCGGGAGAUCAGGCAUGAGGUGAAUAUUCUGCGGGAGGGAGUCCUCGUACAAAAUCAUGGACAAAUGCGUUCGAAGUCCGUCGUCCAGGGCAAUGGCAUGCCCACGGAAAGAAAUUUCUCUACGUCGCAUAGUCCACUCGCCAAAGCCAAGUGGACAUGGAGGGAAUCCAAAUCACCUGCGAAAAAGAAGGCCAAAUCCACGUCCAGGGUGGGAGACAAAAAAUCAACCCCAGGUCAUACUGCAGGGUACAUUAACAGGAUCAUAUCGACGCAAGGCUUCCGAAAACACUCGGCACAUAAAGCUCCACGAGUUCGCAGAUUCGAAUCUGAGGUACCGAAAUACAUGCAAUUACAGUCCAACCGAAUCACUAACCCUGGAGUUGACGAUGCGCAAAGCCGUGCGGUCAAUGUUCAGGAUACCGGCGAGAGAGAGGUUGCUAUGUCGUACAGUACCUUCCCCGUGCCCAAAACUGAACCCAGAGCAAGCAAUUUUUUGCGCGACGACUCUACUACAGUCGAUGGUGCUCGGCACGGCAAAUCCGAGUCCAAUCUGCAGAAUUCGGAAGCUGACGACUUGUCGAUUCGUCAACUCAUGACGAAAGCUGUAGGAGAUAGAUCUCGAGGUAUGCCGCUUCAAUACAUCCUCGGGAACCAGCCUUUUGGAAGCCUGGACAUUUUAACGCCCGGUGGCGUAUUGAUCCCCAGGCCGGAAACUGAGGUCUACACUGAAGAAGUUGCGAGACUUCUUCUCCGUACUAUCGGUGAGGCCGUUCGCGCAGCUGAACAAGCUGGAUCCAAAAACAGCAGAAAAGUCAGAAUUCUGGACCUUUGCACCGGGACUGGCUGCAUGGCACUGCUUAUUCAUUCUAUCCUCAAGCCACCGAUUCCAGACAUCACUAGCAGAGACCGCUGGCCGUCUUAUUAUGACUUGGAAAUACUCGGUGUUGAUAUGAGCCCGCGAGCCAUCGAGGUGGCCCACGAAAAUCUACAACACAACAUUUCCAAGAACCUGCUACACCCGGACGCUGCCUCGGACGUGUCCUUCAUGAAGGAAGACAUACUGAACCUGGCAAAGAUUGACGAAGGACGAACCAUUCGUGAGGUAUUCAAUUCCAGACCUGGUGCUCGACCGGGACAAAAUUUAGACGAGACGUGGGAUGUGAUUGUUUGUAAUCCACCCUACAUCUCGCCAAAGGACUAUGCAGCCGGUGGGAAGACAGAGUCCAGUGUCCGCAAAUUUGAACCGAAACUAGCAUUGGUCCCCAAUGAGGAGCCGUCAGUGCAUUCUGGCGAUCUGUUCUAUUGGCCACUCACACGACUUUUCAAAGCGGUUGGGGCGAGACUCCUCGUUAUGGAAGUGGGAGAUUCCAAGCAAGCAGUUCGAGUCCACAAGACUAUGGCCCGGAACUUCCGGUCAUGGGCCGUUCUUCAAGAUCCGCCUGUAUUUUUCGAAUGCUGGAGCGAUGGCGGAUCUCUAAGGCCGAUUUCCGUGUUCGGGCCUGAAGCCGGAAACUCGUCGCGCGCAAAAAUGGAGAACGUCCCCGACCGAGCUAUGUUCGUAUGGUCCGGGUCUUUGGCUGAAUGGCGACAACAUGUGGUGGAGGGAUCCGACCGAUCUGGAGAGCUCGCGAUACCGCCUCAGCAAAGCCGUCCGAGACCUGGAGUCCUUGACCAAGGCGGAGAAAGAACCAAAAGUAAUGACGAAGCUCGGCAGAAAGAUACUAGUACGAGCCAGACGCCUGUUGCAACAUCCGUAAGAGUUUCAAUAUCUCCGCGAGAAACGCACGCCGCGGGUGCUUCUCAGGCUCGUGUUCCUCUGAGUCCAGAUCAUUACCUGAUAGACAAAUUGGCCGCGCAGGGGAAACCAGCACCUCGCCCGAGGGACGUCAAGAAGUACGGUUUUCUCAAGCGCGACCUGCAAAAGGCAACACAACAAGCAACAAAACUCCGGGAGAAGUUGGACGGGAUCCCGCAAGACUCGACGGCAAGGAAGGCUCGCGAGAAGAGGCUCAGCCUUAUGCAGCAGCUGGUCAACCUCGAAAAGGACAUGCUAGAGGCGGAAUCCGAUAUGCGCGACGUGGUGAAGCGGAUUGGCCUCGACGAGGAGGAAAUACAAGACCUUGUGGAACUGAUGCGAUCGUCCAAAGCGGAAGAAGAUGCCGUUGUAGCUGAAGAGACGCCCAUUUCGUUUAGGCCGAGUGGGAAUUGGACGCAUGUUCAUUGAGGAUAAGGGAGACAAGGCAGUAAUAGUAAUGAUUGUGAAGGCGGCGCCACAGGAAGAAAGGCCCUGUGAUCGCUUCAACAGGAAGGCCUUGUGUCGAUAUCCGUUGUCCUCGCUGAUCGAGGGCAAUCUUUGACGACUGCUGUGUCAAAGAAGGGGCAUGAUUGGGUCAAAAAUUUGCUAUGCCAUGUAAUGAAUACGACUUUUGAGGCAUGAGGCUAGCUGCUUCAUGUCUAUGUACAACAUUUUGGCUAUACGUGCGCCACCCGUUCA